AUGCCAAGAGAAUAUGGAAACCUUACAGAUGACGGCGCUGGGUCUGGUGUUGCUACUACGGGUAUUGUUAGCGCCGCCGGGAGAGCAGAGAAGCUGGCCGCUCGGGCGCGUGGCUGGAAGAGGCUGCGAGGGCUACCAGGCUGA